UUAAAAUAGAGUUCUCAAAUUUAAAUUUGAGUUUAAACUGCUGUUGAAAAGUCGGCUUUAAGUAAAUCAAAAGGAAUUGAAUAUUCUCGUAACUUUCUGAACAUAUCACUGGAGAGGUAAAUUUUAAUUUGAAAUAUUCCCUUACAAAAUAAUAAUCGCGUAAAAUUAACAAUGAAAAGUCAAGAGAAACCUGUUUGCACACAGAGCAAUUAUGUUACCUUCGUUCGGGAGCGCAUAGGAUCACGAUGAAAAACGCGAAACGCGUUCUCGAAAAAGCGGCGUGAAGACGGUCGAUAUACGCUUUGUUUUGUCGCAGGAAAUCGCAUCAAUCGUCGUUGAAGCGUCGUGCUGUCAUCCCUAUCGAUAGCCGUUACCCAUGAAGUUGGGUACGGGCGCGUACGCUGGGGAUGACAGCCGCUCGGGCGUUUCCGCCGGCGCUCGGCAGUCUUCGGCGGCGCUCGGCGGCGCUCGGGUGCAGCUACACCGCCCGGACCCGUCAGUCUCGCGCAUACUCUUGUCAUGUGAGGUUACGUCGCGCUCAGCCGCUCCGGAACGUCCUCUACACAAGCGACGGGCAACCUCGGCCGCCGGUUUCUCGCGAGCUCCGAUCGUUAGCGCGUCGACGAGAGACGGUCGCGUCGAUUCGCGAGUGCCGCGUGAAUCAGUUUCGGUACAGUGGCAAAAACCAGAGAGGAGAGAGAGCGGACAUUGGUGGGAGGAAGAGAGAGAGAGAGAGAGAGAAGGACAGCCAGUGCGACUCCGUGAUCGAUCCCAGUGUGUCCCGUCAAGGUGUUUUCUUUUCACGGUCUUCUCGUCGACCUAUUAUGCCACUGAUCGCGUGUGCCGGUAGAUCGCUUUGACUCGAGGUGCUCGACGACGGAACGUGCGCAAGAUGUUGCCGCAAACACCCGACAUCAUCCCGACUACGCUCAGCCAGCAAAAAUGCGUGAAAGCACGAGCUCUGUACGACAAUAUCGCCGAGGCGCCUGACGAAUUAGCUUUCCGCAAGGGCGACGUGCUCACCGUGUUGGAGCAGAAUACCGCCGGUCUCGAGGGAUGGUGGCUAUGCGCUUUGCGAGGACGACAGGGCAUCUGUCCAGGAAAUCGAUUGAGGCUUCUGGUUGGCCAAUACGAUACGGGGGGCUGUUUGGUUGGCAGCAGAGCCGACCUAACCAUUUCAGAGGACGGCGUGCAGAGACACGGGAAGAGGCGUAGCUGGCACGUACAGCCUAAUAGGGUUGUCACACCGCAGAAGUGCGGAGAUGUCUACCUCUACGACCUGCCAGCGAGCCGGGGCAGUCCUGCGCCACCAUCCCGACACGAUUCAGUCCUCAUCUCGAACAAUGAGCACUCGCACAAUACGGGACGGUACAUUGGCAACACGCGGACGACUUCUUCCGCGAAUGACAACGCGAACGGGGGUGGUGACUCGAACGAAUGCUACGAUGUGCCACCACGCGCGAUUCCCGUGAUCCCGUCGCCAGCCAGCAGCCCAAGCCCGGCCCCGUCGUGCUACGACAUCCCACGGCCGCCGACCUCCUGCACGCCUAAUUCCAAUUGCUCCACCGGCUCCGGCAUUACGCCUCUGGAUUGCUACGACGUGCCGCGACCUUUGCAACCCCUCACACCCAGCAGCUCGGCCUCCAGCCUCACCAACGACGGAUCCCUCAGCGGCUCGAACAGAUCAAGUUUGGCCGCUCCUGAUUACGAUGUACCCCGACCACGUCUUCCAGCUUCCUCAUUACCGUCCCGGCAUAACACUCCCAUACCGAAGACCCCGACACCACCGCCGCCCACGCAACAAAUCUAUGACGUGCCAGUGAGUAAGGAGCUCCCGCUAGAACUGGACUCUGCCCUGGAAGGCUUACAGAGGUUGCAGAGCGAGGCGUCCGCCGCGAUAGCGAGGCUACUGGGCUUCGUGAGCCCCGGCUGGAGAACGCCGCAGCGACUAGACGCCACACUUAUGGACCUCAGGCUGGCUGCUCUUAGACUGAGAACGUCUCUGCAUGAUCUCGCCGAAUUCGCAGAAGGUACGCUGGGUAACGCGGGGAAAGCUCCUGAUAAGGGUCUGGCGACGAAAUUACGGCCGUUGGUGAAGGCGCUUCGUGAUUCCGACAAGCUCGUGCAGGAAGCUGCCACCGAAUUGGACACGAUAGAAUGGGACGCGAGUAAGCUAUGUCGUGGCGGUGGCGAUACACCGACACCUACUAAUGGACCCCCGGCCUCGUUAUUACCACCUGCACAGCCGGAUCCCCUCGAUCAGCUGAUCGCGUGCGCUCGAGCACUCACGGAAGACGUUCGUCAGGUUGCCAGUUUCAUUCAAGGAAAUUCCACGUUGCUCUUCAAACGAGCGUCCAUCAUCUCCACGGGCAGUAGCAACAACAGCGGCGCCGGCGAGGAUUACGAUUACGUAAAUCUAGAUUCACGAGAGGUCGUGGCGAAGCAGCGAGAAGAAUUGAGGGCUUCGUUGCCGCAGGAGCUGCGCAACAAUUACGAUUUGCUGGUGUCCGAGGCGGACAAUGCGGCGAUUCAGAUGGCACCCACGACACCUACGCCCAUGGACCCCAACGACAAGCAGCUAUUAGCCUUCUAUGCUGCUCAGGUGAUCACGCACGGCGCGCACCUGACUCACGCAAUCGACGCCUUGCUGCAAACGGUCGAGCACAAUCAACCACCCAAGGUUUUUCUUGCACACGGAAAAUUCGUGGUGCUGAGCGCCCAUCGGCUCGUGCAUAUUGGCGACACGGUGCACCGGAAUGUGACGCGUAAUGACGUGCGGACGCGCGUGCUGCAAUGCGCGAACGCCCUGAACGAGGCGCUAGCGCAAACCGUGUCGAAGACGAAACAGGCCGCUCAAUUCUUCCCGAGCGUCAGCGCGGUCCAGGAUAUGGUCGACAGCGUGGUCGACGUGUCCCACUUGGCCAAGGAUCUUAAGGUCGCUAUGAUACACGCCGCUCAGCAGCCCUGAAGAGAAACUCCGGCGAUUAUUGUCACGACGACGAUGACGACGAAUACGAUUAGGCCGCGAAACCACAAGUUCCUCGAAUUCAAAUUCGAUCCUCACGAUCGAAAGCUUUUUUCUUAUUAAUCUUGAACCGCGGAGACUGAGGAAGAUCGAGACGCGACGCGUUCUUUAGGCUUCAACGCGCGAUCAGGUUUUAACACUGAGCGAGACGCAGCUAAUUGUCGAAGACGAUGCUCGAGCAAUCGUGCGCGCGCGUGUCCGUGAAGUCUCAUCAUCUCGAUCUCCAUCGAGACUUUAAGCGAGCGCUAAGCAUUUCCCGACAUGUUCGUGAGGUCACGAACAGUCAUUGUAUUACGUAAAGGUGAAUCAAGUGUCUCAGGAAAUUUUUGCGAAUUAACAUUUGAAGUGUCGUCUUGCGAGAUUACGAGACACGUGGCAGCUCCUGUUAUUAUUUCGAGAUUCAGCCCAUGUAUGUGGACAAAGAUACAAUAGUAAUGAAAGCGCCUGACGCCUUUCUCUCUUUUUCAGAAAGGCAAGUAAGCAUUAGUGCAAAGUAGUAGUUUCGUUUGGAAUCUCGGUGAUAGUAUUUUCAAUUCCAAACGGUGAGAUAAUCAAACACAAUCCGCGCGCACUUCAUCCAUACAGGAAAAACAAACGCGCUUUUCUACUCGCACACACGCCGGUAUGUGUGUGUGUGGUGUGCAUGCGCGCGUAUGCGUAUCGUGCAGCUAUUAACUUUUCGCAUUUAUCGUUAUAAAGAGAUUCCGUGGCCUAGGAACCUGCUACUGCCAAAGCUCCGGUAAAUAGAUAAGGAAACGAAGAAAACCCACAAACUUAAAAAGACGAGUUCUUUGUAAUUACGUACUCGUAAAAAUAUAAGCAUUGUAAUCUUUCGUAGAGAACACAUAGCCGUGUAUCGUUCACUAAGAUAAAAAAGGACGUGGAGGACGCGACGAAAUGAGUGACGAGUAAUUAAGUGAUAGCUUCCCGGCACGUGUGCGCGUGUGAAGAAACAACACUCGUCGAAACGGCUCCUGUGAACUUUGCGACUGGACCGAGUAUACAUCGUAUACGUAUACACUUACUUUCAGCACGGUUUGGGCACUCUCAAUGCAGUUUGGAGCGCAGCCGAUGGCUCCAGUGAGAAUACUUCUUGGAAUUGAUGAAAAACAAGUUGGACUCUCAUUGGACUCUCUUCAUGCGUUCCUAGCUACAUCGAGAAGAAAAGUGUUCCAACCGUAUCGAAAUCAAGUCGCGCAUUUCUCGCGAAGCCAAUUUCGGAUACGUUAUACACCAACGAAGCGUGUGUACGCGGAUCAAAGGUGUGUUAGUAGUUUUAUAAAUGUACGUACACAGUAGAGCAUACACACGCGUGACAACUGGACAAGACCUGUAUUUGUGUCUUCUUUUUAGAGCCAUUUUCGCCAGUGACAGUUGACCUUAAUCUCACCUUUAACUUCUUGUAUAAAGAAGAACAACCGCCGGUUACUUUUUUACACUCAAGGCCAGUGCGACGAAAAUCGAUAUUAAACAUUAUUCGAUUCGUAGAACAACCGUACUCUAUCAUGGAGUUUAAGCGUAUGUCGAAAUAAGAGAAAAAUUCUCUCUUUAUACACCAAAAAAAGAUCCGAGCGCAGUCCAAGGUUUCGCUGCUGAUACAAGUUUUAGGACAUCACGGGAUAUAAAAAAUCCGCAGAGAGGGAAUAAGAGAAAGAUAGAGAUGGAUUACUAAUUGUUACGCACGGUUUUUUUGGAGGACGAUUUUAAACGAAUUUUAUACGAAGCUUUUUUACCGCCGGGUUACGACUUUUUCGGGCGCCCAGGCCUUUUUAUGGCUCUUCCAUAACAGCGAAUUGAUAACACGAGCGCACAAUUGUGAACCGCGAUCGGCGACGGAUAAGAUUUAUAACUUGUUGUCGCGAGAUUUAUUUCGACAAUUGCUCGCAGGUCUUCCUCGAACGACAAGGUCACCGUUCACGUGUAAGAGACAUUCAAAAUUUUAUUGAAAAAUACUUCGUAGAUGUUGUUAUGUUAUUCAGAUAAAUUGAAUUUUUUAUAAGAAUUCUAUGAAGAAAAAAGAUUGGUUGAAUUAUUAACUGAAUUAAUUAAAUAAUUAUUAGAUUAUUAAUUAUAGAUCGAAUUUGAUUCACAUAAGGACUAAAAAUCUUGUUCCCUCCAACCAGAACGCAUUUGAUCACGUUAUUAAUUCAACCAAACUUUUGUCCGCGUGUAAUUUUUUAAUCAUUGAAAUUAUCUUAUUUUGCAUAUUGAUACUUAGUUGAUAUCUGUGCAAAGAUAAACAUUAGAUAUUACCUUCGCGUUACGAUUCUGAAAGAGCGUAGCUUAAUCAUUUUCGAGUGCUCAACGAGUGCUCAACGAGUGCCUGUCGGGACAGGAACACUAUCCGACCGCUUAUUCGCGGCACACUCGUUCCAACGGCCAUUCUCCAUACGUGCGAAAGUGUACUUAAAAAUAAACUCGCCAGGUACAGAAGCUCGACUCGCGCGAAAUUGCGCGAACGCGAGCGGCGUUUACCACAUGUCGUUGUCAGCCGUUUCGAGACACAACCGGCCGUUUCGUUGCAGCUUCACGAACGAUCGCAAGGAUACUCGUCAAGAUUUCUGUGAAAUGCGAUCUUUCGACGUUCUUUUCCUUACUUAAAGAGCUCGCAUUGCUGUUGCAACCGAGAGAGGACGGUGUCCCCGCGAGUCUCGCGACACGGCAAUCGUGUUUGACUUGCGAUAUUUGUCUCGCGGAUAGUUUACAAUUAUUUUUUAGAGAUUAUACACCCGAGCAUAUCUCUCCCGUAUAGAGAAACAUUUAUACACGAACCUCGUUUACGAGACUUGUAUUAUAAUUUAUUGGCGACGCGUUUUUGUAAUAUAUAACACGUAUGGCAAGGCAGUUACUACGUAGAGUUACUGUAUAUUUAGGAGAGGAAGAACAAAAGUUUAUACAUAGUCGGACCGAUAGGUGCUUAUCAUUCGCGUUGAACCCACGUACUCAGAUAUGUAUCGUGUGUCGUAGGCGUUCAAGUGGAAUAGUUUCUUCGCAUUUUGUAACGCAGGCUGUUAGGUGUUUGACUGACAUGAUCGCGUGAGAAAGAAGCAAACACCAAUUCGUCGUUGUUCUGAUUUCUCUUUCGUGUACAUGAUGAUACCCAUAAGAAUCCUUUCGCGUAAUUGUACAUCGCUUUAUGAAGUCUUCGGCGUGAGAGAAUCCGCGUAGAAUCGGCCCGAGACUUCAUAAGAGCGCCAAUCAAUCAUAUUCUCGCCCCUCGUAACGUACGUACGUAACGAUAUUUCGUAUUAUUAUUAUAAUUGUACAACUUACGAAUUGCAUAUACUAUAUGUCGAGAGUAGUUAUUCUAAAAAAAGCUAUACGAGAAAAUUAGUGGAAGGACUCUCGAUGUAACACACGCGUGAUAUCCUUAGAAGGAACUUUACCACACAUCGAAUCGUUUUCUUAUGACGCUUAAAAUCAUAUUUUCGGCAUAUCGUGGCGCGAAAGCGCUCUCUUCGUUUUGUCACUAGAAAAAUCCUGCCGAUUGUACCGAACAAUAACGCGCUGUUUCGCUAGAUCGAGAUACGCUACAAGCUGAAUUGAUUGUGUUACCUUUUAAGAACACCUUAUUUGUACAUAGAUAUAUUUAUACAUAUAUUAUAUAUAUAUAUAUAUAUAUAUAUACAUAAUAAUUAUUCAUAUUACAAAACCAGAAUAUGUACACAUGAGCGUAUUGAUAUAUCCGACGAUGCAAUAGUCGAGUAUAAACUUAUUUGAAUAUCGUGCAAUGUCAAAAAUAAUUUCUAAGCCGAAAUAUACCCGAAGGUAUAAAAGAAUGCAAAGAAAAUAUCUAGGCGAGACUAAUAUUCAUAGACUCUCAGUCUUUAAAUGUAAGUAAAGAAGUUGUGUAUAAAUCAAACUCUCAUUUUCAGUGCUCUACGAAACAUUAAUUUCUUCUCUUCUACCAUACUUCGAGAAAAAUAGAGACUCCCGACAAGAUUUCGCAGGAUUAAUUUUGCACAUUGACACGUUAAUCUGUACAUUUAUAGAUUUCGAUCUUUUCAAUAAAGAUUCGUGGAAGAGAGAA